AUGAUCGACCCGGUCACCGCCUCUACCGCCUCACCCGCCUCCUCCUCCCAACCCUCCUCCUUCCCUUCCCCGUCCAUCCCCCCAACACUCGAAGCCCGCAUCUCCGCCUACAACACCAACGUCCUCCCCACCGAUUAUUUUUUCGACCCUCUUCUCUCAGUGGACGACAACUACAUGGUCCUGACGCUAAUUUAUGCGAGGUUGUCGAUGAGCAAGCGGGGGAAUAUGGCUUGUAUUGUCGUUGAUCCGCGGGGAGGGAGGGAAGAGAAGGAGGUGGAGGGGAUGCCGCCGGCGAAGAGAGCACGGAGGGAGGAGGAGGAGCGCGAGGACUUUCCGAACUACCCUGGCCGGAUCCUCUCGCACUCGAACAACUUCCCUCAGCCUACCUCCGCACCAUCAAACUCGUCCUCGACUUCCUCCACUCCCGCCGGCCCCGAAACGCCCACCAAGAAGCCUCCCAUCAAAGCAGGCAAACAACCCCGCCAACCGAAACCGGGCCAAUCCGCCUUCCUCGCCUGCGCGGCCGUCGCGCCCGAGUUGCACGCCGAAGCACGCGCGAUCUGUCUCGCUGCAGCGAGGGGCGUCUCGCUUGCGGGGUCGACGGCAUACGUCUCUUUCCCGCCUUGUCAGCAUUGCUUGCCUUUGCUCGUUGCGGCGGGCGUUCGGAGGCUGGUGUAUCGUCAGCGCAUGACAACGGGUACGAGUGUCGAGUUGUGUCGCCUUGAAGGUGUCCAGUGCGUCGAGUAUACGGAUAAGAAGGUGGAUGAGCAAUUGAAGGAGAGGGUUGGGAGGUGGUGGAAAGAGCGCGGGGAGGGGAGGGAGGAGACGAGGGGACGGAUGGAGAAGUGGUGGAGGGAGGCGGAGGAGAGGGUGAUGGGCAAGAUGGCGGCCGAAGAGGAGCGGAGGGAGGAUGUUCAGCAAGUGAACGGGAACGGCCAAGCGGAGGGAGAUGCUCUACCGGUCGACACAGUCGAGCCAACAACGGCGCAGUAG